UGGACUCCAGGCUAAAGAAGAGUAGGGAUGACCCGGUGUGCCUGUCUUGAAACUAAGCAGUAGCGAAGUUAGCCACAGUGAAAAACAAUGACAGUUCAGGGUGACUUCUUACAAACAUCUUCCUCCCCCUCCCCGAACCACAAUAUGGAAUCGCCUGACCCAAUCACAACCUUAUGUUUGAGUUUGAAGGAAAACUCCUUGACAUUAUAUUAAACAUUAACCAAACAACUCCCCCUUUCCGCCCUCUCACCGGACUGCGUGUCAGAACUGUGACAGAGGAAAAUACCAACUGUUUAGUUGGAACAAAACGUCAGCAAAGUCAAAGCGAACUAUCGAAGGUAGAAAGAAGAACAUCAUGGGUAAGCCGACCUGGACCGAGCGAGUUGUGAGCGCUCUUCGGGUGAGGAGGUUCUUGGUUCGGGCGGCAUUGGCUGAACUUCUCGGCACAUUUCUCCUGGUGACGAUCGGAAACGGCUCCGUGGCGCAGGUCGUGUUGAGUCGGGAGGCUAAGGGGACGUUCUUGUCCAUCAACUGGGCGUACGGCAUCGGGGUAGUCAUCGGCGUGUACGCCUCCUGGGGGGUCUCAGGAGCCCAUCUGAACCCUGCGGUCUCCCUGACCAUGGCAGUCCUGGGUAAACUACGCUGGGUGUACCUGCCGUGUUACGUCAUGGCUCAGAUGAUAGGGGCCUUCUUGUCAGCGGUUUGUGUGUACAUUGUGUACUAUGAUGCAUUGGGUAACUUUGACGGUGGUACCCGAGCAGUUGUAGGUGUGAACGGGACGGGAGGCAUCUUCAGUACCUACCCGCAAGACUAUCUGUCUAUCGGCAGUGGAGUGCUGGACCAGGUGGUGGGCACUGCCCUGUUGCUCUGCGGUGUUCUGGCUCUGACGGACUCCAAGAACAACAAGGUGGCGGCCGGGAUGGAGCCUCUCCUGGUCGGCCUGCUGGUGUUCGCCAUCGGCACGUCCUUCGGGUUCAACUGCGGGUACGCCAUCAACCCUGCCCGAGACCUGGGCCCGAGACUCUUCACGGCGAUGGCAGGCUGGGGCCUGGAAGUCUUCAGGGCGGGAAACCACUGGUGGUGGGUGCCGAUAGUCGGCCCGUUAAUCGGCGGGCUGGUCGGAGGGUUGGUCUACACGCUGAUGGUGGCGCUGCAUCACCCGGAGGAUGAAGACGACAAGCCAGUACACGAGUCACCGGAGCUGCAGGACGUCAAGGUUCCAGGUGGUGGCGUUGCUAACGCUGCCAUGGAGGACUUGCCCAGUAACACUGCGGUGUAGUGGUAGCACAACGCGUAUAUGCAAGGCUUGCCUUAUAUAUGACAUAAGAAGUUGAGGCCAGUAGGAUCGAAAAAUAAAACUUCCCCAGGUAGACUCCAAGCAGAAUAAACCUCAACCAUACAUCUACUUGGAGAUGUAGAUGUAUGACUUAGAUGCGAAAUGUUGGUCUUUACAUGUGCGAUAGAGACAUCCAAACAUAUUUAAUACUACUACUUGAUAAGUAGUAUAUAAGUUAUGUGUAUUGUGUAGAUAUGGUAGGUAGAUGGUAGGUUGUGUAUUUGACUAGAGGCUGACUAAGCCAUCGAUACUAAAUACAUUUCACUUAGUGUAAUACAUGUAAUAUAUAGCAAACACAUUGAAGAAAGCCAAAAGGAGACUGAUGUAAGACAAGUCCCCCCCCCACCGAUGAUUUAUGAUGCUUGCACUGUCACAAAUGUAUAACAACAACGCUUCCCUGCUCAUGUGUGUUUUUUUUUUCACUUUUGGAGCUGGCAAAGUGGACCAAUUGUGUGUUAUGAUAUUACUUCUUUGGACGUCAUAGACGUUAUGUCUGUAACCCUAACACGUUGUUAGAUCUCAAUAGGGUCGCCCAACUUGAGACUGUAUUAAAGAAUUUGAAUUUACAAGA